AUGGCUCUACUAGCACCUAGCAUCAUGUCGACGACUUCUACCUAUCUACAACUCGAUGGGUUGCAAAAGACCCCUACUUUCCAUGAGAACAUUUAUACCGAAUCGAUCUCGGACUUCACAAAUGACACAAGUUCCGAAAGUGAGCCUCCGUCACCGCGGUCGGAACUAUCCAGGCAGAGUGUACUUCUCUUGAAGGGAGCCCGCGAACAAUACUCUCUGGUGAACGACCAUGCUAUCCCGUCUGUCCUACACGAAGGAGAGAUUCUGGUCAAGGUUCUUGCUAUCGGCCUCAAUCCUAUCGACUGGAAAGGACCGGCAUUCAACUUUGGUAUCCCCAGUCUACCAUGGAUCAACGGACGUGAUCUCGCCGGCCUCGUCCUACAAGUUCCAAAGGGGUCAUCUCGUCUCAAAGUAGGCGACGUAGUGCUUGUCCCAUCAACAGACUACCGCGAUAUCAGGAAAGCAGCAUUCCAAGAAUACGCCGUUGCCACAGACUUCAAUGCAGCCCGGAUCCCCGCCUCGACAUCUAUCCACGCCGCAUCCUCAGUGGGGGUUGCCUAUGUCGCAGCCGCACUAGCCCUAGGCGUAUCAUUCGGCCUGGACUUCUCCCUCAUCCAGAAGGCCCCCGGCCCCCACUUACCCAGCAUCAUCAAACAACUGAAUGAAAAUGACAUCCCCGCCGACAUCCGCGAAGAGUGCUUUGCUUCAUUCCUAGAUUCAGAGAAACCCAAACCGGGAGAAUGGAUCGCCAUCUGGGGAGGUAAGUCUCGCAACCCAACGCUACAUCCCCGCCGAACCGAACUAACAUCCCAUCCCACAACAGCCUCCACAACCACAGGCCUAAUAGCCCUCCAACUAGCAAAACUAGCCGGCCUCCGCGUAAUCUGCAUAGCAGACGCCGCCCGCCACGGCGCCAAACUCAUCCAGUCAGGCGCCGACCUCCUAGUCGACCGACAUGACCCAAAUCGAGCAGUAGAAAUCAUCCGUGGCGUCACGGGUAACAAGCUACGCUAUGCAAUCGACAUAGUCGGCAAAGAGACAGCAACAAUACUCGAACGGACGCUGAACCCGGAUGGCCAUGCCCAUCUUCUUGGUUUGACGGGCUUGCCUGCGGAGCGGAAUCCGGGCAUCCAGUAUCAUACUGUUCCGAUUAAGCUUUUCCAUUCUGCGCCUAAGGUUGGCGAGGCGAUGGUUUGUUGGCUGGAGGAUCUGCUUCAUUCGACAAACUUGACGCUGCCCGAGAUUGUUCGUGCUGAGGGUGGUCUUGAGGGGAUCAAUGAAGCGCUUGAGGUCUUGAGGAGUGGGUCUGUUUCUGGGAAGAGGAUUGUUAUGGAUCUUGCGGGUUCAUCGUCUUAG